CACUGACCCCCCACCCCUUAUCCUUCUUGUUCAUGACAUGGGUGUGCAAUGAUUUGCUUUUGGGGGAUAAAACCCACAGUUUGGGAGUGGAGAGGGAUAUUACAGAGCAGGAUGGCCUGGAGUAAGGUACCUCUGCUCUUGCAUGGAUUUCUCCUGCUGGUUCUGUGUAAACCCUGCCUUCAAGGAGGAAUCUAUAUACCAGCUGGUGCAGGGGGAGGAACUGGAGCUGGAUUAGGGGGUGGUCUUGGAACUGGAGCUGGACUUGGUGCUGGAACAGGUCCAGGAGGUGGAUUUGGUGCUGGUAUCAGAAGUGUUGGGCCAGGAGUUAGUUCUGGAGGAGUUGGAACAAGAUUAGGUCCAGGUGCUGGUCCUGGUGGUCUUGGAAUAGGACCAGGAACUGGCAUAAGACCUGGAACUGGAAAGACAGGAGGUUAUGAAGGUGGUGGUCCUGGGGGGCAAGGUAUUAGACUGGGUGAUGGAGGCCUUGGAGGAGUUUGGCCUGGUGCUGGAGGUCUUGGAGGAAUUGGACCUGGUGGUGGAGGGCUUGGUACAGGGGGACUUGGUACUGGUGGAUUAGGCACCGGAGGCCUUGGAACAGGGUCAAUCAUCAAGCCACCUAAAACAGGAGGAUAUGGAGGUCUACCAGGAAUCGGACCAGGUGGUACAGGUGUUGGUCCUGGAUCACUUGCACCUGGAGGAGUUGGUCCUUUUGGCAUUGGUCCAGGAGGCAUUGGACCGGGAGGAAUAGGACCUGGUGGCAUUGGACCAGGAAGUGUCGGUCCUGGAGGGAUUGGUGCUGGAGGCCUUGGAGCAGGUGCUGGUGGCAAACCUCCUAAACUAGGUUAUGGGGGUAUUCCAGGCACUCUUGGAACUGGAGGUCUUGGUGGUAGUGGUGGUCUUGGUGGCUUUGGAGGUUUAGUACCUGGUGGCUUUGGUGUUGGUCCUGGAGCUAGUGGCAUUGGCACAAGGGGACCUGGACAAGGUUUGGGCACUGGUGUGGGAGGGUUUGGCCCUGAUGCAGUUGGUCCAGUAGGUGCUGGAAGAGGUUAUGGUGGGUCUUGGGGUUUUGGUGGUGGACCAUUUGGAACAGGAAGUCUUGGAGCAGGUGCUAUUCCUCUUACACCUGGAGGUGCUGGAACAGGCUACCCAUCAGGUGGUAGCUAUAGUGGAUUUGGUGGGCCUGGAGGUCUUUAUCCUGGAGCUGGAACAACUGGUCAGAAACCGCCAAAACCAGGAAUUGGACCUGGAGGUGCAGGAACUGGUCCAGGUGGCACAGGACUUGGACCUGGUGGCGUGGGAGUUCUGCCUGGAGGUGUAGGAAUUGGACCAGGUGGCACAGGAAUUGGACCAGGUGGAGCUGGAGUUGGGCCUGGAGGUGUAGGAAUUGGAACUGGCGGUACUGGAACUGGAAUUGUAGGAGCAGGAGUUGCACCUGGUGGAGCACCUUUUCUCCCACAAACAGGUUUACCAGGAAUUGGGACAGGCACUGGGGGCAAAGUCGGAAAGACUGGGAAGGCACCAGUGCCAGGUGUUGGGAUUCCUGGGCUAUACCAAGGGGGUAUAGUUCCUGGACAAGGUUUUGGCGGUAGAGGCAUUCUGCCAGGUGUAGCAACGGGAUCUCAAACUGGGCUGCUUGGUCAAGGUGCACUUGGAGCUAAUGGAGGCCGCGAUGGAUUUGGUCAACAAAUACCAGGCGUGUUCUCCUUUGGUGAUAUAAGAUAUCCUCUUAUAUCACAAAGGUCUGGAGGGGCUGGUGGUGUUCCUGGUCUCAGUGGUGGGGUUGGUUUAGGAGGUAUACCAGGUGCAUUUGGUGUUCCAAGUAUGGGUGGCAUACCUGGUGCGGGUGGUGUGCCAGGCAUAAAUGGCAUACCUGGAGCAGGAGGUGUGCCAGUAAUAGGAGCUGUUCCAGGUACAGCUGUAAUACCAGGUGUUGGAGUAAUUCCUGGAGCUGGCGGUGCAACUCCUGGUGUCCUUUAUCCAGGAGCUGGUGGUACCUAUCCUGGGGGAACUGGGGCAAAAGCUCGAAAGUAUGUUUCAGGGAUAGGAACUGGUGGACUUCCUGGUUCUGGAGUGGGUGGUCUUGGAACUGGUGGACUUCCUGGUUCUGGUUUGGGAGUGGGUGGUCUUGGAACUGGUGGACUUCCUGGUUCUGGUUUGGGUGGUCUUGGAACUGCAGGACUUCCUGGUUCUGGUUUGGGAAUUGGUGGCCUUGGCACUGGUGGAAUCCCUGGACUUGGUCCUGAAGGAUAUGCUGCAGCCAAAGCAAGAAAAUAUGCCCAUCUUGGACGUCCUGGUGGGACUUUAGGUACUGGAGGAUUGCCAGGUGGAGCAGCUGGUGUGUCUGGUGUUGGACUUGGUGGACUACCUGGUGUAGGUCUUGGGAGUGGUGGACAACCUGGAGGCGGACUUGGAGGGCUACCUGGAGGUGGACUUGGUGGAUUACCUGGUGGAGGAACUGGUGGACUACCUGGUGGUGGAGUUGGUGGUCUUCCUAGCAGUGGUGCUGGAGGACUCCUCGGCUCUGGAAUUGGAUAUGCAGAGGCAAAAGCUCGUAAAUAUGGUCUGCUUGGUGGAGGUGCUGCUUUAGGCCCAGGCACUGGAUUAGCUGCAGGUGUCUUCAGGGCUAUCAUCCACUUGCGAGGCAGAGGCGCUCUCCUAGCAACGGCACUGGUCGCGUUAGCACCCUGGGGUGGCAGAGACGAAGAUGUGCUAGGUGAUGUGGAUCUCAGCUCUCUUCAUCUCCUGGUUGCAGCGAUGACUCUGAGACUGUACGUGCGCGUUUAAGGAUACUCUGGGGCCAAAGCUCGCAAAUAUGGGGUUACUGGUGGAGCUGGGGGAACAGGUGGACCAAAGGCCCUAAAAUAUGGUCCUGGUGGUAGUGGAGGUGCUCCAGGACUUGGACUUGGCACAGGGGCAGGGCCAGUUGGUGGUUAUGGUCCAGGGACUGUAGGAGGUCCCGGGUCUGGAUUUGCAGGACCAGGACUUCCUGGUAGUGCUGUUGGAGCA